AUGAGAGGCGUGGGUCUCAUCCUGGCGGCGGCGGCAUCCGUCCGCGCGGCGUGCGACUGGAAGAACGUCCACACCGGAGGCGGCGGUGGUUUCGUCGCGUCGAUUCAGUUCCACCCGACCGAGAAAGGGGUCGCUUUCGCCCGCACUGACAUCGGUGGUCUCUACCGCCUCAACGACGACGAUUCGUGGACUCCCGUGACCGACGCGAACGGCUUCGCCCACGAUGACAACUGGAACAGAUGGGGCAUCGACGCAUUGGCCCUUGACCCUUCUGAUGCAAAUAAUGUGUACAUCGCGGCGGGCAUGUACACCAACGACUGGGACCCCAACAAUGGCACCAUUGCCCGCAGCUCUGACAAGGGCGAGACCUGGGAGGUCACCACGCUCCCCUUCAAGGUCGGCGGCAACAUGCCUGGUCGCGGCACCGGCGAGCGUCUCGCCGUCGACCCCAAGAACUCCCAGAUCCUCUACUUCGGCGCCCGGAGCGGCAACGGCCUGUGGAAGUCCGCCGACGGCGGCGCGACCUUCUCCAAGGUCUCUUCCUUUGAGGCCGUCGGUACCUUCCGCCCCGGCGCUGAGACCGAUGCGUACAACGGCGACCUUCAGGGUCUGACCUUUGUCACCUUCGACGAGACCUCCGAGGCCGUCGACGGCGCUACCUCCCGCAUCUUUGUCGGUACCGCCGACAACACCACCGCUUCUGUCUACGUCAGCACCGACGCUGGCGCUACCUGGAGCCCUGUUGCCGACCAGCCUGCCAAGUUCUUCCCCCACAAGGCCAGACUUUCCGUUGCCGAGAAGGUCAUCUACUUCACCUACUCUGAUGGUACUGGCCCGUACGAUGGCACUCAGGGUGGCGUCUACAGAUACGACCUCGCUUCCGGCAACUGGACUGACAUUACCCCGACCUCGGGCAGCGAUCUCUUCUACGGUUUCGGUGGACUUGCCGUUGAUGCGCAGAAGCCCGGCACCAUCGUGGUGGCUACCCUGAACAGCUGGUACCCCGAUGCUCAGCUCUUCCGCUCUACUGAUUCCGGCGCCACCUGGAAGAAGAUCUGGAACUGGGGAGCCGACGGCAACGUUGCGCCCCAGUACACCAUCGGCACAAAGAACGCUCCCUGGAUCAAGACCAACUUCCUCGACACCGACACCAAGAAGCUCGGCUGGAUGAUCGAGUCCCUCGAGAUCGACCCCCACGACAGCGACAGGUGGCUCUACGGCACCGGUGUCACCAUCUACGGCGGUCACGACUUGACCAACUGGGACAACAACAAGACCGUGACCAUCGAGAGUCUUGCCUCCGGCAUCGAGGAGAUGGCCAUCUCCAGCCUGGCCUCUGCCCCCGGCGGCCCCGAGCUCCUCAUGGCCACCCUCGACAACAACGGCUUCACCUACGACUCCGUCGCCGACCUCGGCACGGCCCCGCAGACCGCAUGGACCAACCCCUGGUGGGCGAGCAGCGUAUCCGUCGACUUCGCCGGCAACGACGUCACCAAGGUCGCCCGCAUCGGCAAGGCCACCGGCACCCCCCAGCUGGCCCUCAGCAGCGACGGCGGCGCCACCUGGGCCGUCGUCAACGCCACCGGCACCACCGCCGCCGACGGCACCGUCGCCUACUCGGCCGACGGCGACGUGAUCCUCUGGUCCACACUCAACGAGGGCGUCCUCGCCUCCCGCGGCCAGGGCAGGCUCGAGAACGUCACCCUGCCCGCCAGCAGCGUCAUCGCCAGCGACAAGCAGAACGGCACCGUCUUCUACGCCGGGUCCAAGGCUGCCUUCUACGUCUCCGCCGACGGCGCAGCGACCUUCGUCGAGUCCGCCCCGCUCGCCAACGCCACCGAGAUCCGCCACAUCGCCGCCCACCCCGCCGUCGCGGGUGAGAUCUGGGUCUCGACCGACGCGGGCAUCUUCCACAGCACCAACUUCGGCCAGGCCUUCUCCCCGCUGUCUUCGAGCCCCUCCAACGCCCACGCCGUCUCGGUCGGCAAGGGCGACGGCACCGCCUGGAACCUGUACGUCUUCGGGAACGGCCCCGAGGGCAAGAAGCUGUACGCCAGCGCCGACGGCGGCGCUACCUGGGUCGACAUCCAGGGCUCCUACAGCUUCGGCGCUAUUGACGGUGCCGCCCUUGUCGGCUCCGCCAACGAGGCCAAUGUCGUGUAUGUUGGUACCAACGGCCGUGGCGUCAUGUACGCCUCGUGCCCUCUCUCCAACUCUACCGCUGCUCCGGCUGCUUCCCCUGCCAGGAGGCAGCUUCGUCACCGUUCCAUGAGGUUUUGA